AUGGUAAGUUCUUCCAUGGGCGACGACAGUAUCGAUCUAGAAGAUAGGGAUCCUCACCAUCUCAACGAACACGUGCAGGUAUCAUGGGACGACGUGAUAGGCGAGCCAGAUGGGAUCAAAAGCCCAGAGUGUGCCUGGCGACUGAGCAACUACUGUUUCAGAUUGUCCCGGAACUUUUGCUACAUUCUGCUGUCGGUCGUGGUCGCACCUGUCUUUGCUCUUUUGCUUGGCCUCACCUUUGCGUGCCUCGCCUUCGAGCACAUAUGGUGCAUCGUUCCGUGCUUGCGUGUUUGGAGGAUACUGUGCCUGGCGACCAGGAACUUUUGCUCGGCACUUGUCCAAGCAACCGUUCGACCCUGCACUGAGUCUCUCGGUUAUUGUUUCUACAACUUGCGGCUACUCAGGGACAAACUGCCCGACAGUGCUGGGCGCAAGGACGACAUCCGCAUCGUCUGA